AUGCUUGUCAAACUCGUUGAUGAGGAGACGGGCCUUAUUCAAAAGUUCCACAUCAUGGGUAGCCGUAACAGUGAGGAUGUGGAGAAUUUUCCGGAUGCCGUUGCGAGAAGGGAUACCAUUAUGCUAACAGACUCAGAAAGAGAAAAGAAAAGACGGCGCUUGGCUGUUUAUCAGAUCUUGGAAAAGCCCACAACGUUCACACAGCUUGCCUAUAAUUUUAUCAUAUUCUUUUUCGUGCUGGUCUCUGUCUUGCUAGGAGCUGUGGCCGAUGCUAGCCGUGAUAAUAAAAUGUUCUACAACAUCAACUUCAUCACUGAAGUCAUCCUGGCGAUAUAUUUCAUAUCCGAAUUCUCGGUCCGUAUGUGGGCCAUUGGGGCUGAUGUGAAAUAUCGUGGAGUUUGGGGGUUUCUACGCUACGCGCGGCGCCCGGUUUGCAUGGUCGAUAUUUUGAUCAUAUUCGUGACCUUUGCACUAUUAUUUAUCGAUCGGGAGAAGAAUAGAGGAACGCUGCUGGACAUAUUUCGAUUGGUUCAAAUCCUUCGUCUAUUCCACGUGGAUCGCCAAAUGUCCACCUGGACGCUGAUUUAUCGUAUGCUGCAGAGGAGUCACUCGCAACUUACCGCAAUUUAUUACAUUUGCGGAAUUGUAUUUGUUGCAAUGUCACUAACGCUCUUUGAAGUGGAAACCUAUUUUCACUAUCGACACCUUGGAGGGAACGAUACUAUUGACGCCUCCAAUCCGACUUUUACUAAUUACGGUGAUGCUAUGUGGUAUAGCUUGGUCUCGGUAUUAACUAUCGGGUAUGGCGACAUUGUCCCAAAAGAAGGGAUCUCAAAGGUGAUCACGGCUGUGAUGGGUUUUUUGCUAAUUUGCAUCUGGCAAGCAGCUUCGAGUCUUGUCUCCAUGGGAAUGACAAUGAUGAUGGAUGAGGAUCAUAAAUCCCAAAUGAGCGCCAGGGUGAAAAAUGCUGCGGCCGAAGUGAUUCAGCAUUGGUAUCGCUAUCAUCUUGCCACUCAUCGAAAAGAAACGUGGAAUACGAUCCCUUACUUUAAACAUGUUUGCGUCAAGCUCUACGCUGCUGAUGAGCGCAUCAAAAAGACCAGGGAGCUGGAAGAGCAAUUGCGGGAGAAAAUGAUGCGUAAAAAGCAAAAAAAAGAGGAAACAAAGCCCGGCGGCCGCUUGCGGAACUUCUUUUCCCAACUAACCUUCGAAGACCACGGCUGGAAUUUCAAUCCGGGAAAGCGGGAUUCAAUUCUGAAGCCUUUUAUUAGGACGGAAUCCCUCAACUACGUGCACAAGAAUUUGAGCGAACAAGGCUUGGAUGUGAUGGCUCAGAAGUGCAAGCCAAAGAAGGAGGUCACGAUAAUCGAUCCGAAGAGCCCGAAAUUAAACAAGCAUAAUUCUGGAUCUACCUCUUCUCUCGACUCUUCUUUUGACUUGUCUGAUGUCGAAAAGGAAGUGAAUGUUAAGAUGUAUUACGACCUCCCCUACAUGAAUCAGCGAAGGUCGAGCACCGAUAUUCAUACAAUCGGUGAAGAGUGCUUACAACGCUACCGACCGUUGAUUAGAUUUUUCAAUUAUUUGCUGUUUAAUAGGUGUAUGUUAAAAUUUAGGAGACUUCGAAAGCCAUAUCAACUACUCGAUGCCGAGGCCGAGUUGUGCGAGAUGGAGCAUAAUAGGAGUCAAAUGUUUCAUGAGCUCGAGCUUCGACUUGCGGCUACUGUCGGGAAAGCUGCACAAUCUCCGUUUAGCCCGGUUAAAGACAAACUGUCGAUCGAACAGAGAUUGGUGGCCACGGAGCAAGCGGUGGAAAAGAUCAAUGCAAAGCAGCAGGAGUCGCUACGAUUGAUCGAGGCCAUUGCAGAAGCGCUAGGGUGCGCCAGGUUCCGGCGUAUGCUUAAGUCAGAAAUGUGCGUGUUCGCCUCGGUGGACUUUGAGACAAAGGAACGGAUGAAGGACCCGCUGCAGCUCAAAAUCGAGCAGUUCGAGAAGAAGCAGAAAAUUCAGCGCAAAGAACUCGACGCCGAGACGAUCGAGGAGCUUGGAGACCUGCCCGCUGUCUCCCAUACCCUCCCCAAAGUGUCCGUCAGCCGAAAACCCAGUGUGCUGCAGAAGAAUAUCUUCCAGGCCCCCCCCGGGGAGGAGUUGAUACAUUUGGAAGAGCAGGAC